CAGCAGCAGCAGCCGCAGCAGCAGCCGCAGCAUCAGCAUCAGCCGCAGCAGCAGCAGGAAAAGCCCCUCUAUCAGCACGAAGUCGAGCAGCAGGAGCAGAAGCAACAGCAGCAGCAGCCGCAGCAGCAGCAGCAACCCAAACAGCAGGAAACCAACCUACGUGGGUCUGUGCCCGGCCCCUCGCAACAGCAGCAGCAGCAGCAGCACCAGCCACAUGAGCAGCAGCAGCCAAGUGAGCAGCAGCAGCAGCCAAGCGAGCAGCUGCAGCAGCCGCAGCACUUAAAGGAGCAGCAGCAGCAACCGCAGCAGCCAAACCAGCAGCAGCAGCCAUAUGAACAGCAACAGGCCGCAUGGAGAGCCGCAGCCGCAGCAGCCACAAGUGCUGCUGCCGCAGCAGCAGCAGCCACAUGA